AGUCCCCUCCCGGUGACAGUAGGAGGUAGGCCGGUGACAAGGGGUCCGGGACAGUGCCUGCCCCACCGCCCCUGUAGGCCGCUGAGGAAGGGGGGCCGGGGCGGCGCACAUCCCCGGCCGCCGGCCGUCCACCAAGGUCGCGGCCGGCGGCGUGCAUCGCUCUCCGGGAGCGGCCCGGCCAGGUAUAAAGGCGCCGCGGCCGGCACUGGCGGCAUCACUCGACUGCCAGCGUCCGUUCACCGUCCCGGACACGCACCAGCCCCGCUCGCUCAUCAUGAAGCUGAUUGUUCUGUUCUGCCUGGUGGCCGUGGCCCUGGCCCAGGACGAGAAGGAUGCCCAGAUCAUCCGUCAGGACUACCAGCUGAACGAGGACGGCAGCUUCCAGGCCGACCUGGAGACCUCCAACCAGAUCGUGGCCACCCGUUCCGGCCAGAGCAUCCCCGGCAACGAGCCCGAGACGGGCAGCUACAAGAUGAGCGGCGAGUACAGCUACAUCGCGCCCGACGGCACCCCCAUCCGCGUCACCUGGGAGGCCGACGAGCUCGGCUACCGCGCCCAGUCGGACGUCAUCCCCACCGUCUAACUCCGUCCCACUCCGUCCCACCACCCCACACCCUCCCCAUCCGUCCCGUCCCAGCCGGGUACCUUGUGAUAUGUCGUGAUACAUAUGUCGCAUCUUUCCCCCGCAUUAGCCCGGCGCGCCGGCGGCCGUCUCGGCCAGUGUCGGCGCUCAGUCACUGUUGUUUCCGUGCCAAUAUACUACCCACAUCGUCACUGA